AUGUCCGGAAGCGUCGAAAAAGCGGAGGCACCGGAGGCCACUGGGCGGCGUUCGCCUGCAGCUGCCGCGGCUCCCGUGCCCGUCGCCGAAAUGGACGCCGAUGAAGUACGACGCCUCCUGGUUCAGCUGUACGAUCACCUUAUGCGCCAGGUGAUCACGCUCAUCGUGGCCGUCUCCAUCUGCAUGCUGAGCGUGAGCGUGCUGACCCGUGUGCUGCGACAAAACCAAAACGACAACCUGCAGUUGGGCUACUUUGGCUUCCCGGACAACGCCGGCGCCGAGACCGUCGUGCUCAUGAACUCCUUCGGGAACGCCUUCAGCUUCCUCGCAUUGAUCGUGAUCGUCAACUGCACCCUGGUGUAUCUCUACAAGGGAGGCUAUUACGGCAUCAUCAAGGCAUGGAUGGUAACCGGUAGCGGCGUCCUUCUCUUCUUGACGAGCUACUACUACAUGGGCCGACUGGCCGUCUAUUUCAACGCGCCAGUGGACUACGUCACUUGUUCGUUCGUCAUAUGGAACGUGGGCGCGACCGGCAUCACGGCGCUCUACAACGACGGACCGUUCCUGAUGCAGCAGGGCUACCUCGUGUACAUAUCCGUGCUCAUGGCCGUGACUCUGGAGGAGUCCUUCCCCGAGUGGACGUCGUGGAUUCUUCUGGUGCUCGUCUCGGCCUGGGACAUAUUCGCGGUGCUCUGCGUCCUAGGCCCGCUCCGCAUCCUGCUUGAGACAGCCAAGGAGCGAGACGAGCCGCUCGUUCCCGGCACUCGUCUUCUCCACUUCGUCCGCGUGGUGCUACGCCAUCAGGAGGAGCUCCGUGAGCUUGACGCGCGUCCGCUCCUCUAG